AUGAGUAAAUACUUAGCAUCUGGUUUCAUUGGUGCUGGUACUUCAGCUGUCAUUGCAAAUUUUUUCUGGGGAAGAUCAAGUUCAUCAACUACUGAUACAGAAACAUCAACAAAUGGUGCAACAAGUUAUGGAGGUGUCCCGGCUGCUAAAGGACCAAGUGGUGGUAUAGUUUCAGGUCCUGUUGUUAACCCUGCUGGUUUUUUCAAGUAUGGAUUCCCUGGUCCAAUUCAUGAUUUACAAAAUAGACAAGAAUAUAUUAGUUGUUAUGAUAGACAAAAGAGAAAUCCUUAUUGGGUUUUAGAACAUAUUACGCCAGAGUCAAUCAAAUCAAAUGGUCAAGUUGAUAGAAAGAAAUCAGUUUUUAAAGAAGAUGAAAAAAUUCCUGAUACUUUCAAGGCAAAAUUAAAAGAUUAUUUCAGAAGUGGGUAUGAUAGAGGUCAUCAAGCACCUGCUGCAAAUGCAAAAUUUAACCAAGAAGCUAUGGAUGAAACUUUUUAUUUAUCAAAUAUUUCUCCACAAGUUGGUGAAGGUUUCAAUAGAGAUUAUUGGGCUCAUUUAGAGUUUUUCUGUCGUGAUUUAACAAAAGUUUAUAAUAAUGUUCGUAUUGUUACAGGUCCUUUAUAUUUACCAAAAAGACAACCAGAUGGUAAAUGGAGAGUUUCUUAUGAAGUUAUUGGUAACCCACCAAAUGUUGCAGUUCCAACUCAUUUUUUCAAAUUAAUCGUUGCAGAAAAUCCUUCGAAAAAUCCAAAUGAUGAUUCACUAUCAGUUACAGCAUUUGUUUUACCAAAUGAAGAAAUUUCAAAUAGUACACCAUUAAAAUCAUUUGAAGUUCCAGUGGAAGCCUUGGAAAGAUCUUCAGGUUUAACAUUAUUACAAAAUGUUCCACAAAAUAAGAAAAAGUUCUUGUGUAGAGAAGUUGAUUGUUCAAUUAUUGUUAGAGAAUUUAAUAAUGCACUUCCACCAAAGAAAGAUAUGUUAUUAUUACCACCACCAAAAUGA